AUGAAUACGCGGCAGAUUAUCGACGACUCAAAGGGCCCGGGCUCCUUAUCGGCGACCUUCAACGGUGACAACUCUUGCUUCUCCGUUGGUCUGGAUACCGGGUUCUGCGUCUACAGAGCCAAUCCAUGUGAGCUCACGGUCUCUAGAAGUUUCAACGCCGGGAUAGGCCUCGCUGUCAUGCUCGGACACACCAACUAUCUCGCGCUCGUCGGUGGCGGCAGACAACCGAAGUUCCCGCAGAACAAGCUGGUUAUCUGGGACGAUGUAAAGCAGAAAGCCGUUAUCACCCUCGAGUUCCGCACAUCCGUUCUCGGCGUCCGGUUAUCAAGGUCGCGUAUCGUCGUUGCCUUGCUUAACAGCAUCCAUACCUUCGCCUUCUCUUCCCCGCCCAAGAAACUUUCGGUCUUCGAGACAACGGAUAAUCCAUUGGGACUGGCUUGUCUGGGCGAGAAGCUACUAGCAUUUCCCGGUCGAUCUCCUGGGCAAGUUCAACUGGUUGAGCUUGAGACGGGGAACGUUAGUAUCAUACCCGCUCACAGUACACCCCUACGCGCUAUGACGCUGAGUCCAGAUGGGGAGAUACUCGCGACGGCGAGCGAAGCUGGCACUUUGGUACGGAUAUUUGCUACGAGCAACUGUGCAAAGAUGGCUGAACUCCGUCGCGGAGUAGAUCACGCUGUUAUAUUCUCACUUGCCAUUUCGCCGUCAAAUAACCUAUUAGCCGUGACAUCUGACAAGUCUACCCUCCAUGUCUUUGACCUCCCUCAUCCUCGCAACGCCCCAUACAGCAAUCAGCAAGCGUCUACGUCCGAUGAGGGAGUGAACAAGAAGUGGGGCAUCCUUGGCAAAAUACCACUACUCCCGAGGGUGUUCUCCGAUGUUUAUUCAUUCGCUAGUGCACACUUCGAGAUGGGGGAGGAAGGGCCUGGCCCAACAUAUGCCCCUCCUCUGGGCUCUGUGUUAGGACGACCUCUGAAGGGUGUAAUAGGUUGGACCAGCGAUAACACCAUACUAGUCAUUGGCUCCGGUAGUGACGGCAGAUGGGAAAAGUUCGUUCUCCGCGACGGCGAGGAGGGAAAGCGAUACUGCAUAAGAGAAGGCUGGAAGAAAUACCUGGCAAGCGCCAGCUGA